AUGGCCAUGGAUGUGCUCGUCUCGGUGGCAUUGGACGAGGUGUGUGCCAUCCUCUCCGCCGGCCUCCCAGUAACCGGCCUAUGGACUGCGCUCUCCGGGGAGUUUGAGGCGGCCGGCCUCCCUCUUGACCUGGCCGUCAAGAGCGCCCUCUUUGCUCGUCUCAUUGCGCUCCCUCACAUCAGCCUCAUGGAGCGUAAACCUGGUGAAAAAACAGGUAAACAGGGUAAACCGGAUGACACGCUCGUCCACUCGGCAGCUAAGACUCUGGAGGCGGCCGAACGGCACGGCGCUCUGCUGUUUGCGAGCCCGGCUCUCAGCGAUAACUUCCUGGGGAUUUAUGACCACAGGUACUCCGCUUCGAAGCUAAGUGCCAAGCAGAAGGAGACACUAGAACGUGUCGGGGCAAGCAGGACUUCUGGUGUCACACAAAAGUCUUUGUGGGAAAGUAUUGGCAUGGAAACAAAGGAAAGUAUUGGCAUGGAACCAAACCAAAGCAUUGACAUGAAACCAAGCAAAAGUAUUCGCAUGAAAGCAAACAACUUCCAUUAUGUUGUGAAGACCCUUCAGUCCCAGGGAUUAAUUGUUGGAAAACAAGCAAUUGUAAAGUCUAAUGAUGUUGGGGGUGAGACGGAAUAUGAUUCACGGGAUAGUCUUAUCGUCAGCACCAACUUGCUUUAUCUCUCAAGAUAUGCCAAAGAAUUGAAUAUGAACUCAUAUCAAAGAAUUGAGAUUGCAAAGCCGAAACUUGGGAGAGAUGAAGAAAUCAACAUAGAUGCUUUACAAGAAGAUGAUAAUCUUAUUGUAGAUUACAAGAGCUAUGUUUCUAUUCAUGAUUAUCUUCCAGCAAUGAAAGCCAUAUGUGACAAACUUGAAGAAGCUAGUGGAAAGGUACUGCAUAGGCUUUUAGAUGCACAGCUUGUUGAGGAAAUUGGUGCCAAAGUUGACGAUGAGGUCAUUCGCUGCUUGCGUCUUCUGAAGAAAUUUAAUCCAAAUGAGUUUAAGCGAGAAAGUACAACCUCAAACUUUAAACUUGGCAAUAAAUGCCUGGUCACCGAUCAACUUAUGGAGCUUCCAUUAGAGAACUCUAUAUACGAUAUGAUCCACGCCCAGGGGCCAAAAGGUGCAACUCUUGUUGAGAUUUGCAGAUGUCUGGGGGGCAAGUACAAUCCGAAAGUGCUCAUUAGGCGAGUGUCUUCUAUGCUUGAAAAAUUCAAUUUGACUUCGCAGGCUGAAGUUGUAGGUAAAACAAAACAGUACAGAUAUUGGACUUUGGAAAAUUUCUCACUGUACAAAGCUAAUACUGCUCUGCAAAAUUGCGAUGCGCUACGUGAUCAUGACUAUUGUCCCAAUUUACGGUCUUCUGUUCCAUCUAAAGAAUCAGAUUCUCUUAGCCCACAGGGUGAUUCGUGUGUUAAUAACAAAGUCUUGUUUCAAGAAGAUUGUCGUGAUACAACAGUCGUGCAUCAUCUCCUAAGUAACCAUGAAGCUUCUGUUGGAGUUUCUCAACCAGUUGGACAAGGUAAAGUUGCCUUACAGAGGAAUAGACAUCACUGUUCCACUUCAACUUCUGAUGACAGACAGAAAAGGAUUCUUCACAUAUUAAAGAAAAAGAAUUUUGUACUGAUGGUGGAAUUACGUAAAUGGUUACAAAAACUUGAAAAGGAAAAUGGAAAAAUAAUGGACAGGAAGACAUUGAUUCGUACUUUGAAUAAUCUUCAACAAGAGGGUAGAUGUAAUUGUACCAAAAUUAAUGUCCCUGUUGUUACAAACUACACAGGAAGUCGUUCCGUUGAUGUAAUACUGAAUCCUUCUGUCAAGGUCAUGUCACCGGAACUCAUGGAUCAAAUUAGGAACAGACUAAGGAAUUUUGAUUCUCAAAGUCGUUCAGGUGCAGCAGCUAAAUUGAAGCAAAAUCAGCGUAUGACUGCCAUACAUGGACUGAGGGUUCAACGCAGAGCCAAAGUUAAAAAAACACCAGUAUCAGAAGCUAUUCAUGCCAAUGGAUUCAUAGGUGCAAAGAUGAUUCAGGCAAAGCUGUUACAUAAAUUUCUGUGGGAAUAUGUUAGCGGCUUGCCAAAUUGGUGCAACCUAUUUGAUUGUGCGAAAGAAGGGCAGCAUGACAAGAAGCUUGAUCAAUCAUGUCAGUUGUUUUCAAUCACAGCAGCUAUAAAAAAAAUGCCUCUUGAACUCUUUCUUCAAGUUGUGGGAUCACCAAAGGUUGACAUCACUAUAACUAAGUGUUCUAGGAGAACGCUUUCAGAUAUUCCUAUCAGCGUAUACAAUCAACUCAUGGAUGCUCAUGCUAAGGGCCGUCUUUCACGCUUAAUAAAUAUUUUAGAUAAGCUCAAGGUGCUUUGUGCUUCCUCCAAGAAUAGACAUCUUCAUGAGCAGGCAAGCAUUUCUGAUACACAAAAUCAGCAAAAAUUUAAUAGAUCAACCUCUCGGAAAAGGAAAAUGUCUGCUGAUGAAAUUGCCAUGAAGUUUAUUAAGCAAAAAGUUGAAGCUAGUGGAUCAUCCUCACAGAGAUCAGCCAAGUCUAUUCUGGAUAAAGAAGUAACAGAGAGAAUCUCUCCAUCAUCCAGUGGCCGACCAGGACAAUGUUAUCGAAAUGGCAGCACUCCCACAUAUGACAUUGGUACUCCCUUGCAUACAAAUAAGGAUAUGGAGAGCAGCCCACUUAUCAGUCAAUCUACCCUGUUAAGUAAAAGAUGCAUGGGAAAGAAAAGAUUCUUUUGGACAUCUGAAUCUGACAGAAAAAAUCUCAUGAUAUACACUAGAUACCGCACAAUACGUGGAGCAAAAAUAUCCCGUGUAGAUUGGAGCUCUAUCUCUGAUCUUCCAGCUCCACCAGCUGCAUGCUGUAAAAGGAUGUCAACCUUAAGAGCUAAUACAAACAUAAGAAUAGCUGUGAACCGAAUCUGCAACAUUCUUGCAAUACGGUAUGAUAGGUACCUUGAAACAGAAAGGAGAUCAAAAGCAGAAGAAUUACUUUCCCAAAUAGCAAUUUGCAGCUGCAAGAACUUUGAGCAAUUCAACUGGGAUAAUUUUGAUGAUCUGGAAAUAAGAAGUGCACUAGAUGAAAUCCUUGAAUUCAUUCGAGUAGGAAAAAUUAGCCAGACCAAGCAGAUCAGUCCAGAGAAUGAAAGGAGGAAUGAUUCUAAUGAUGUCACUGAGGAAAUUCCAACUGAGCAGGUUGUGCAAUGUGCAGCCAGCACAAGCACCGUAGUUCCAGAGCCUGGAUUCCGUGAACAUCUCGAAUUGUGUAGACUUACCAAUUCAGUCCAUGCAAGUAAGAACAUGGCAAUUCCCUGCAUAGAUCAUGAAAACAUCGUUGAACGCAACAAAGCUGACAUUACUAAAAGAGGUGUAUGCAAAUUCUUGGCAAUUGCCAAUGCAUUAGAGCUCCUGAAGGUUACUGGAAAUGGAACGAAACCUGUAACCCUUUCUGGAAUAUUCUUCUUUAAUGCCUCUUAUUCACCCUUCCCAUUUGGUUCAGGAAAAAAGGCUUCUGAAUCUUCGAAAUGGCUUGCAGGGCAGCAAAAGAAUAUUGUGGACAGUACAGUUUGUUUGCAUCCAGAUCUACAUUGCGGGGAACUUGUUCACCUCUUUUCUCUAGUAUUGUCAGGAGAGCUGCUUAUUUCACCUUCCUUGCCAAGUGGAGGAGUUGGUGAGGCUGAUGAACCUAACAGCUUCAGUCCUUUAAUUGAGGAUACCAGUGAAUUGGAUUGCCGUACUCAUAAACGCAAGGCUACAGAGUUGAAAAGCAGUAGCAGUAAGAAACAGAAACCUUUGCCCAAGAUAGAUAGUGACUUUUGCUACCGUCGAGAGAAAGGCUUCCCUGGUAUCCUAGUGGCUUUGACUCAAGAGAGGAUCCAAACAAACAAUAUCAUGCAAAUGUUACAUCAUAAAGAUUGCCUUGUGUUUACUUUAGAUAGGGAAAUGGGCUGCAAGAAUGUUGACUCCCAGGUUGAAAGCCGUGACAUCUUGUCAGAUCUAAAUGAUCUGAGUUCAUGUCACUGUUUAUUGUCUGCAUCUCAUUUGGAGAAUUCUCAUAGUGGAUGGCCUUGGGAUGCUAUGAAAGUAUAUGCCAUGCAGUUACCAUCAUUAUCUUGUAAUAAAGACGAACCAUUCUUUCUUUCUUCUGACCUGUUCAGAAAUGCAUUUUGUAUCAUUCAUCAAACUGGUGAACAAGGAAUUAAUUUGAGGGAAAUUUCACAGGCACUGCAUCCGCUAGGAAUGCAAUCCAUCAGUUUGGUCGUUGAUAUGCUUGAGAGAUUUCAGCUGGUCAUGAAGGUCAAUGCAUAUGAUGGCGUGCAGAUUGUUGAUUCAAUACAUAAACCAAAAUAUCAUAUAAGGACACCUGUCAAAUACAGUCAUUGCAACUGUUUGCGAGCUCCGGCUUCUGAAGUAGCAUCGAUUGAAGACACCAGAAAUAUACUGGAAGAGAAGCAUGCAACGCCUAUUAAUUUGCAUGGAACCGUAAGGAAGGAGGACGUUAUCCAUCGUAUGGAUGUACUGAAUCCUCAGACAUGCAGGACCUUGCUGGGAAAGCUGACAGUUGAUAAACACCUCUAUGUCCGGGUGUCCGAUGAACCAGUGCCAGCUGCUCCCAGCAUGCUGCAGAGUCUUCUGCGGCAAGGUCACUACAAAAAACCCUCCAAGUCUGGAAGGUGGUACUUCGCUAAUCCGAUGAGUACCUCCAUGCUGUAG